AUGUCAACUCCAUAUAAAAGUUUUCCUUUCAUAUCAUCUAUUAUAUCACCACCACCAUCUCCUAAAAAAUAUCCGAUCAUUCUUCCUCCUCUGAAAUUUCCUUUUGAAUUUAGAAAUGAUGAAACCGUCGAUUCUACAUCUCUUGAAUCGGCAAACCAACAAAAUGUAGUUGAAAAUUCUUUUCUUCCUCCUAUAAAACAACAAAGUAAAUACCGGAUGCGUUUAUUAGAUGCUCCAACUGAUCUCUUGGACUAUAUUGAAAAAUCGAAACCAACAACUCGAACUCCACCAUCACAUUGUCUUUCUAGAUUCUCUUUGUCUAACGCCAAGUCUUCUCCCCUUGAGUUGAAUCAUGUAACUCCUCCGUUAACUCUUGGCGGUAACAUUUCAUCAUAUCCUAUUGCGAUGCCUAUUAAUCAAGAUAAAAAUGAUCUAACCACUCAUAAGAUCUCGGUUGGUCGUAAUCGGAAUACUCGUAAGAAUCCUUAUCCUCUCAGAGCACCUACUAUGAGUUCUCCAGGAAUAACCUUUAAAGUUGAUAUGUAUACACCCGUUUUAAAAGAUCCUUUGGCAAUUUUACGCAGUAAUGAAGAACCUAAAAAUAAUACUAGUGCUUCAGAAUUUUUUGGAAUGUUGUCUCCGCCAGCAUCUGAACAAUGCGAAUCACAACCUUCUUCUCCUCCAGCUGAAGAUGCAAACUUUAAAAUUCAAGAGUCAAAUUCAUUACCAGUUCGUCAAUUAUUGCCAAGAAAACCUAAACGUCCCAAGAACACUCAAACCAAGCGUCCAGGUACAUCAGCACCUCAACGCAAGAGAAAAGGAAAUAGUUUGGCCAGAGUAAUGGCUGAUCGAGGACUUUUGGAAUCAGUAUUCAAUGCAGAAAUUACUUCGAACGAUAUUAAGUCAGUUCGAAUACCUCCACCACCUUCAAUGCAAUUUGACGAAUUAAUGUCUAGCAUCAAUGCGCUUAAUCUCGACACUAGUAUUUUAGAAAAGAUGUCACCAGAGAUUACUUGGAAGGGUCAACCGUUAUCUAUAGCACAUUUACCUCAUUAUGAUGCUUUACAUCAUACAGAAGCACAUGUAGUAUCUGUUCUUCGUCUCACACCAGUUCAAUAUUUAACAGGAAAGCAUACACUUAUUUCAGCAGCUCAAAGAUAUUCACAAAGAGCACUUCCUUUCCGCAAGAGUGAUGCACAGAAAUUACUUAGAAUCGAUGUAAACAAGGCCAGCAAACUUUGGGAAUUUUUUCAACAG